AAAGAAGGUGGCUAGACAUAAAGAAAUUAAAAAGUACAUAAAGAAAUGUAUGCUUGUAAAAAUUUAGCAUGAAGCUGAGGAAUAGUUUUUGUGUGUGUUCUUGGUAAUGGAAGUUAGGAAAGUACGUGAAGAUAUAUUACGGAGCAACAUUUCAGAGUAUUCAUGGAUUUUGAAGAAGAGGACCAGUUGACGUAUGACGGGCCAGGCAACAGCUGAGGGAUCUCCCUGUUCUCAUCGUCUCUCUGUGAAAUCUCAGAAGGAUGAGCGGGAUCGAGCAGAGAGUGUGCUCAGCAGGUCUCAGUCAGUGUGUGAUGAUACGUCCUCUGAGCUUCAGCGAGUAGCCGCUCUAGAGCCUCAGGAUGGGCCAUCCAGACACUCAUUUAGAGGGAGAGGAGCAUUGUCCAGAUUGGUGAGUCUUGUGGUCAUUCUGAGAGACUGGGCACACAAGAGUCUGGUAGAAGAGGAGGAGAGACCAGAUUCCUUCUUGGAGAGAUUUCGUGGACCUGAAGUACAGGCCCCUCCAAGCAGAAGCAGCAACAACCAACCAGAUGCCAACGGCAACACUAAAGGAAAAACAAAGAAGAUAUGGGAGACAUUUAUUAUUUCAGCCUCUGAUGAUUUAUACUAUUACUGGCUGUUCUUCAUCGCUGCAGCUGUGCUCUAUAACUGGGUUCUGCUUGUGGCGAGAGCAUGUUUUGAUGAACUGCAGUCUGAAUAUCCCAUUGUCUGGCUGGUGUUGGACUAUAUGUGUGAUUUUGUCUACAUACUGGAUUCAUGUAUGCGGCUGAGGACAGGUUACCUGGAACAAGGACUUCUGGUGAAGGACCUGGUAAAACUCAGAGACAGCUACAUUAAAACAUUUCAGUUCAAGUUGGAUGUUAUCUCCAUCCUCCCUACUGACCUAGCAUACAUCGCCUUGGGUAUCAACACACCACAACUACGUUUCAAUCGUCUCCUGCGCUUCUCCCGCAUGUUUGAGUUCUUUAACCGAACAGAAACGAGAACCAACUACCCAAACAUCUUCCGUAUCUGGAACUUGGUGCUCUACAUCCUGGUCAUUAUUCAUUGGAAUGCCUGUAUCUUCUAUGCCAUCUCAAAGUCUUUGGGAUUUGGGUCUGAUGGAUGGGUUUAUCCCAAUGUCUCAUCCACAGAGUUUGGAUCUCUAAAACGGAGUUACGUGUACUGCUUCUACUGGUCCACACUGACGCUAACCACCAUCGGUGAGAUGCCACCACCUGAACGGGAUGAGGAAUACGUGUUCGUUGUGUUUGAUUUUCUAGUUGGAGUCUUGAUUUUUGCCACCAUCGUUGGUAACGUCGGUUCCAUGAUUUCCAAUAUGAACGCCACGCGGGCAGAGUUCCAGGCACGCAUUGAUGCUAUUAAACAUUACAUGCAUUUUCGCAAGGUCAGCCGCAACCUGGAGACACGUGUCAUCAAAUGGUUCGAUUAUCUCUGGACCAAUCAGAAAGCAGUGGACGAACAGGAAGUCUUAAAGAAUCUUCCCGACAAGCUACGAGCAGAAAUUGCUAUCAACGUUCAUUUAACCACUCUGAAGAAAGUUCGAAUCUUUCAGGACUGUGAGGCCGGGUUGCUAGUAGAGUUAGUUUUAAAACUACGACCUCAGGUAUACAGUCCUGGUGAUUACAUCUGCCGAAAAGGAGACAUUGGAAAGGAGAUGUACAUUAUUAAAGAGGGAAAGUUAGCAGUUGUUGCAGAUGAUGGAGUGACACAGUUUGCAUUGCUCACAGCUGGAGGAUGCUUUGGGGAAAUUAGCAUCCUUAACAUUCAGGGUAGCAAAAUGGGAAACCGCCGAACUGCCAACAUCCGUAGUAUUGGCUACUCUGACCUCUUCUGCCUUUCAAAAGAUGACCUUAUGGAGGCGGUGACUGAAUACCCAGAUGCUCAGAAGGUCCUUGAGGAACGUGGAAGGGAAAUUUUAAGGAAACAGGGGCUUUUGGAUGAAAGUGCUGCUGCACAGGGUGGCAUUCUCGCCAUGGACACAGAGGAGAAGGUGGAUCGGCUGGAGUCCUCGCUGGAUGUUCUACAGACCCGUUUUGCCCGAUUGCUAGGAGAGUUCACAGCCACUCAAAGCGGAUUAAAGCAAAGACUCACAGCACUUGAAAGACAGUUGUGUCAUACAGGGCUUGGGAUUGUUUCAGAUCAGGAGAUGGACUUUGAAAGUGAUGGCAACACAUCACACGAUAACUCAACCUCACAGACACGCACACAAACAGACACUGAAAGGCCAAGCAACACAGACUCCCAAUGGGAAAACCCUCACUCACGCAGGAACAGCAGAGGUCAUGACUAAAUUCAAAAGGAGACUUGUGCUUUUUUAAAGGAUGGGCAAUAAUACUCACUAAAUCUCAUUAUCAGUACACAAGUCAAACAUGACUAAAGUAAGAGUAUCCCAGAAAAAGUAGUCCUGGUGUGUAGAUAAGGAGCAUACUUCAAGGUGUGCAAAACUCUUUUUUAAGAUAAACUUACUGGAUUAGAUGGUCUAGAUCAGUAGAUCUCAACCUGUUUGACUUCAAGGCAAUAUCUGAGUUUCCCCAAUUUCUACCCAAUAAAAUAUUUUAGAGCUUGGCAUUAAUAAACGGAUGUAGCAUAUAUUUGUUACAAACAUAACCACCAGGCACUAAAAAUCUAUAGAUUAUUGGUGUUUUAUCAUAUUUCAAUGCUUGUUUUGUUUUUAAUUUAUAUUGUGGCCCCUUCCCCUUGAUUAAAGAGCCUAUAUUAUGUUGCUAAAAGAAUGUUAUUUGGUGUAUUUGGUGUAAUGCAAUGAAUUCAUGUGGUUUAUGAUUCAAAAAACACAUUAUUCUCAACAUACCAUACAUUAUUGUUGCUCCUCUAUGCCUUGCCUCUCUGAAACUCUUUAAUUUUGUACAAAGCACAUCAUUCUGAAAGGCAUGUUGUGCUCUGAUUGGCCAGCUAUCCAUU